AUGCCAGAAGCUCCAUCGAUUAGCCCCGCGUCCGUAGCUCUUGCGAUCGCUGCAACCCUGCUGUUGCUCGUGAGCACGCUCUUGGUCGGGCAUUUCGGAGCGUAUCCCGCGCUAUUCACUGCUGGAGCCCCCAAACUACCGCUGGCAUCAAUCGCUCUUGCCGCUCUUUUCGUCAUGUUUGUGAUGGUCGUGAUCAGCGUGAUGCUGCUAGACAAAGGACGCCUGCGAGACGAACCUGUCCCACGCGUCAGCAUGGUUCUCUCCGGAAGCUUCUUAUUGCUUUUACUAUUGAACGCGAACGUACAGGCAUUGCGGUACGACGGCUACACCGCGUGCCAUGCACAAGAACUGCAUGUGAAGUUCAACGACUUGAUUUGCGACCUGCGCGGCACUGAGGCCUGCUCAAAUGGGGGUAACUUCGAUCAAAUGCGGAGGAUUUUGGCGUCUGCCGCAGCCAACACAAUGCCAACGUUAGAUACGUCGACACGUGCGCGAGAAUACUGCAUGAUCAAGCUGUUGCGUGACCGUGGAUUUCUUUUGCAAUACCAGCAGGAAUUUUUGGAUUCUUUGACCAUAACUGACGCGGUUGACAAGUGGUGUGGAAGCAAAGUGCUGGGCCUCCCGACAGAUACAACUUCGCCAUUCACGCCAUUCUCGACGAAUCCGACUAGUUAUCAUUCGUUGCGGACGGCGCCACUUGAAGAAUUGAGAUUAAUGACGAUGGCUGUCGGGUCGGCACUUGUUUGCAUGGCGUUGUUGUACUUCCACGAGAGCAGUGGGAAGGGGAAAGUGAAGAAGGCUUAUGGACUGAAUCGGGUGAAGAAAGACUAG